AUGGAUCAAUUUAAUAAGGAUACCGAUGAGUUUUCUAACUGGUUGUUGAAUAGUGCCAAUGUUAAAGUAUCUUCCAAAAUCACCAUUGUUGAUCUUAGAAACUCAAAUGAGGGAAGAGCUGUAGUUACAAACGAACAAAUAGCUAAGGAUGAAAUUUUAUUUGAGAUUCCAUUUGAGUCUCUAAUUAAUAUAGAGACAUCUCAGAUUAACAAGGACUAUCCAGAUAUACAAGACAAACUGAACAAGCUUGGUCAAUGGAACGGUCUUAUUGUAUGCUUACUAUAUGAAUGGGAAUGGCUACAUGAAAAGAGUAAAUGGUGGCCAUAUAUGAAGGUAUUACCUACCUCGGGGACGUUGAAUGGGUUGAUGUACUGGAAUGAUGAUCAAUUGAAAAAAUUAGAACCAUCUUUAGUGUUGGAAAGAAUUGGGAAGGAAGGAGCUAAACAAAUGUAUGAGACAAUUAUGAAGUUUGUUAGAGAUAAUGGACUGGAUAAAUCGCUCGGAAAUACUUCCUGGGAAAACUUUUUAAGAGUCGCUAGUACAAUUAUGUCCUAUUCAUUUGAUGUUGAAAAACCAGAGGGUGAGGGUCAUGAUGAUGAUGAACUCGAAACUGUUAGUUUGAAAUCAAUGGUCCCAUUUGCUGAUACUCUGAAUGCAGACACCCAUAAAUGCAAUGCACAUUUGGAAUAUGACAGGGACAGUUUAAAGAUGCGUGCCAUUAAAUCUAUCGCUAAAGAUGAACAGGUUUAUAACAUUUAUGGUGAACAUCCAAACUCAGAAAUCCUUAGAAGGUACGGAUAUGUUGAGAUGGAAGGGUCUGCGUUCGAUUUUGGUGAAGUAAUACUUCGUAACAUUAAAAAUAGUUUACAGUCGAAGUACACUGUCGAUGAAGAGUAUUUAGAUUGGGCUCUAACUGAAUUGAAGAACGAUGAAAUGAUUGAGACAUUUUUUGAGGAUGAAGAGAUAGUUUUGGAUUCUUAUGAUUGUUAUAUAUCUGGUGAGAUAUUGACUGAAUUGGUCUUAUUUUUACAAAUUAUCACUACGCUUUCUAGUAUACCAAAUGUGAAGGAUCAAAAUGAGGUUGAUAGACUAGUCACUUUGAAGAGAGUUACAAAGAAAUGUGUCCAAUUAGUUGAAAGUGGAGUGGUAACACAGGGAUGUUCGGACGUAUGGAAACUUUCUGUUAAGAACCGAUUGAAGGAGUACCCAGAAGAUUGCAUCAACAUUACAAUGAGCUUUGAUGACAAUGACUCUACAGAUAAAAUCAGAGAAUCUAUGGCCAAGAUAGUAUUAAGAUCCGAAUGUCGGGCUUUAGAUAAAUGUAUGGAGUCUAUAUCUCAACAAUACAAAAUCAUUAACGAUGAAAAGCUUUUGAACAAUAUUUUAAAGAGAAAAAGUAAUCCCGAUUCUGAUGAAUCAUCUAAGACCAAGAAACAAAAAAUAUAA